AUGGAGUCCACGUCACAGUCUCUAUCCAUCAUGGCGUCAGUCGGAGGAUCCGGAAACACGAGCAGCAGCACGACCAGAGAGCCGUUUUUCGAGAUCGACCACGGUCUCAACAUGUACGCGCACUGGUACUGGAAUGUACACGGCUACCUCAGCCUCGUCAUCUGCACGUUCGGCAUCAUCACCAACGUGCUGAACAUCUACAUCCUGACGCGCCCCACCAUGCGGACUCCCAUCAACUGUGUCCUCACCGCGAUAGCCAUGGCCGACGUCGUGACGAUGUCGUCGUACAUCCCCUUCUCCAUCCACUUCUACCUGCUGUGCGGCUUGGAGACGACCCCGGAGAGGUACUCCUACCUCUGGACGACGUUCCUGGCGAUCCACGGGAACCUGACGACGACGUCUCACGCCAUCUCCAUCUGGCUGGCCGUCUUCAUGGCCAUCAUGCGCUACGUCUACCUCCAGACGAAGAAGUGUCCGGACAUCAGGACAACGUGCGUCAUCGUCUCGCUGAUUCCCUUCGCCGUGGGAGCGGUCAUGAUGCCGAACUACAUGAUGACGACGGUCAUAGAGCUGCCCGUGCAGUCUAGGAACAGAACGGCGAAUUCCACGGGCGUCAUAUACACCCUCCCAGUGCCGGUCCUGGGAUCCGAGGAUCCUUCCAUCUUGGCCCUGGUGGCCUUCUGGUUGUAUUCCAUCAUGUGCAAGCUGGUCCCGUGCGUCCUAAUCUCGCUCUUCAUUGGCCUGCUGCUGAAGAAACUGCAUGAGAGCGCCGUCAUUCAGAAGAGACUCUACAAGGCGAGCAACAAGACGAAGAAGAAGAACCGCCACAAGAGCACGACGAUGAUGCUGCUCGUCAUCAUCGUCAUGUACAUCCUGACGGAGCUGCCGCAGGUGGUCGUCAUCCUGAUGAGCGCCAACUACAAGUACUUCUUCCUCAACGUCUACAUGCUGCUGGCAGACACGCUGGACAUGGCGGCCCUCGUCAACAACGCCAUCAACUUCGUCCUGUACUGCUCGAUGAGUCAGCAGUUUCGCGACCACCUGUACCAGGUGUUUGCCGUCUUCGCGUGCAAGCCGGCCGUGCCCCAGCCGGCGAGGAAGUUCUCCAACAACGCCACGUAUGAUACGGUGAACAACCACUCGCACCUCGAACAGCUGGUGCCGGCGACAACCAGCGAGCAUGUGUGA